CCAGGGAGGUUUGGAGGGAGCUUGAACUAGAAGGGCAAAGCCCCUGGGUCCCCAGAUAUCCAUAGUCAUGCCACAUUGGCAGGUUGGGCAGGCUCUGCCCUGGGCCUUGCUGCUGCUUCUCUUAGGUUCCCAGUUCCUGGUGACUCAAGGGUCAAGAUCCGAAGAGGAAGCAGAGAGUGAUAACCAAAAAGCCAUGCAGAGCUACUUCCUUGCCACUGUGGAGUAUGCCUUACACAUAUUCAACUUGCAGAGCAAUGACACGAAGGCCUACAGGUUGGUGCGCAUUCUGAAUUCCAGGAGGGAGCUGUUCAUGGAGAAGAACACAAUGGCAUUCUCCAUGGAGUUGCAGCUUAGAAGAACAAGAUGUGGGAAAUUUGACGAAGACAUUGACAACUGUCCCUUUCAAGCAAGUUCAGGGCAGAACAAUAUCAUCACCUGCUUCUUCAUCAUCAGCACUGAGCCCUGGAACACAAUGUUCGAACUCUGGAACAAGACCUGCUUGGAGGGACACCUGCAUGGCUCAGUUGGUUAAGCAUCUGCCUUUGGUCAGGUCAUGAUCCCAGGGUCCUGGGAUCGAGUCCU